AUGCAGAAAAGAGACAAAAGUUUCGGCAUCCAGAUGCUGUCGGUGCAGCCGGACACGAAGCCGAAGGGCUGUGCAGGCUGUAAGAGGAGGAUCCAGGACCGGUUCCUGCUCAAGGCCCUGGACCAGUUCUGGCACGAGGACUGUCUGAAGUGCGCCUGCUGCGAGUGCCGCCUGGGCGAGGUGGGCUCCACCCUCUACACCAAAGCCAACCUCAUCCUGUGCCGCCGGGACUACCUGCGGUUGUUCGGCGUGACGGGGAACUGUGCGGCCUGCAGUAAACUCAUCCCGGCGUUCGAGAUGGUGAUGAGGGCCAAAGAAAACGUUUACCACCUGGACUGUUUCGCCUGCCAGCUCUGCAACCAGCGGUUUUGUGUUGGAGAUAAAUUUUUUUUGAAGAACAACAUGAUCUUGUGUCAGAGUGAUUACGAGGAGGGGCUCCUGAAGGACGGCUACGCCCCGCAGAUACGCUGACCCCGCC